GCUAUUAUUAUACAUGUAUAAAUGGUGUGUUCUUUUUGUUCUAGAUUAAUUUAGUUUACUCGACAUGGAUCAAAAGAAGAACUCUAAACAUCGUGGAGGGACCGGAGCUGGCGGUGAGACUCACUCCUCUAGGCAUUCGGUGAAUUCGAGUUCCGGUGUGCUCAUGGUGGGACCUAACUUCCGGGUCGGCAAGAAAAUCGGCUGUGGAAACUUCGGCGAGCUCAGAUUGGGGAAGAACCUCUAUAAUAAUGAGCAUGUCGCCAUUAAGAUGGAAUUAAUGAAGUCUAAGGCACCGCAGUUGCAUUUAGAAUACCGCUUCUAUAAACUCCUCGGAUGCAAUGAGGGUAUUCCCGAUGUAUAUUAUUUCGGUCCAUGUGGGAAAUUCAAUGCUCUUGUUAUGGAAUUGCUGGGACCUAGCUUAGAGGAUCUCUUUGAUCUGUGCGAACGUAGAUUUACUUUGAAGACAGUACUCAUGAUCGCCACGCAGCUUCUACAUAGGAUCGAGUACGUCCACGGUAGACACUUGAUCUAUCGGGACGUGAAACCGGAAAACUUUCUCAUCGGCCGCAGUACAACAAAACGUGAAAAAAUCAUCCAUAUUAUAGAUUUUGGUUUAGCUAAAGAAUACAUAGAACUAGAAACAAACAAGCACAUUCCCUAUAGAGAACAUAAAUCUUUGACCGGUACCGCACGCUACAUGUCCAUCAACACCCAUCUAGGUAAAGAACAAUCCCGCAGGGAUGACUUAGAAGCAUUAGGACACAUGUUCAUGUACUUUCUCAGGGGCUCAUUGCCUUGGCAAGGCUUAAAGGCGGAUACCCUUAAAGAACGUUACCAAAAAAUCGGAGACACCAAGCGUGCAACGCCAAUUGAUGCAUUAUGUGAGGGACACCCUGAAGAAAUGGCCAUAUACCUCAGGUAUGUGCGACGACUGGACUUCUUCGAGACCCCCGACUACGAUUACCUUCGUAAACUAUUCACGGAUCUUUUCCAAAGAAGAGGCUACAUAGACGAUGGCGAAUUCGAUUGGACUGGAAAAUCAAUGAGUACCCCAGUGGGAUCUUUACCAACGACCGGUCACGAGGUAGUCGUUUCACCUAACAGGCAUGUUCCCAACAAGACGACCGGAAAAGGAAAUGCAUGGCCGGAAACUUCGAAGCAAAGUACUUUAGGAAACUUAACUCCUGCCGACCGCCACGGGUCCGUUCAAGUGGUGAGCUCCACGAAUGGAGAAUUAAACACGGACGAUCCGACUGCCGGUCAUAGUAACACCCCUAUUACUCAACCCCAAGAAAUAGAGCUACUGGAUGAAACUAAGUAUAUUGAUAAUAACGAUGUUAGUAGAUGUGCUGAUGUCGCGUUGUAUUUUAGGUGCUGUUGUUUCUUCAAAAGAAAGAAGAAGAAAGGAGUACGCACUAAAUGACUACAAUAUAACGAGACAGACCAGCACUUAACACUGUUACCGUGUGGUCAUAGUAGCGCUGCUACUCUUAACUGACUCUAGUUUUAAAUGAAGACCAACGUACAGUUGUUAUUAUGUUAUGUACUAUUUAAAUAGGUAAAUGUAGGUUAGUCUUAAUUUAAUAUUUAAGAUAUGUUUUAAGUCGUUAUCAUAUCUAUGAAUGUCGAAUGAGCCUUACUCGUAUGCUAAUUGUUCGGUUGAUUUGUAGUAACGAAAGAAAGACACCAGAAUCAAUUAUUUUCAACGUAUCCCCCUUAUUAUUAUUCUAUAUAUAUUUUUCUUCUUUUUUUUUGGAUUUAUAAGAAAUGUGUAUAUUAUUAAUUAAUUAAUAUUGUUUACCAAAUAUUAAUAUAGCUAAGGAUUCUGUUCUUCGAAUGUUCAUAUAACUAGUAUGUAUAUUUAAAGCAAAAAAAAAUAACAAAAAAAUGCAAAACAUAGGGAAAACAUUGUAAUAAUAACGCUGCGACUACUCUACAGUAAAAUAUUGGCAAAAAAAUGAUGUUCUCGUUCGAUAAUUGCAUAACGCGCGAUUUUAUUGUAUAUAUACACGCAUAUAUAUAUAUUAGACAAAAAACAAAUUUAUUAUUACUUUUUGCAAUGAUUAUUUUUCUUUUAGUCAUCUUAAUUUAUUGAGUUCCUUUUAAUUAGCAUCAUGCGAUAAUUACCACGAGUAAGGUUUUUGGAUAGUAAUUUACUCCAGAUUUGUAAAUAUUUGAACAAACAGAGAGACGACAAAAGAAAGUUAAGCGGAAAAAUGUAGCGGGAUGAAAAAAAAAACAAAUAAUAAUUAAAACGAAACCUAAAGCCUUUGCAGCAAACGGUGUUUACUCUAUCUCUGUUUCUCAUUAUAUACACAAAAGAAGGGUUGACAAAAAAAAGGUUAAAAUGCAAAUAAGAAAAUUUCAAAAACAAGCAAAAUUUAAGUAGGAGCACGCAUCGUUAUGGGAAAUGCCAAAAUUUUAUUACCGUGUUUUUCAUAGGUACUAUAAAACAAACGGAGGGAGAAGCUUUUCCAGUCCAAAAUAUUUACAUACUAUAUAUUUAUAUAUAUAUAAUUAAAUAUAUAUACAUAUGAAUAUUUCUACUGUCAUAUUGAAUGUCCACUGGGACUUUAUCGUUUUUUUUUUGUUUGUUUUGCUAUGCGAAAAGUUGAAAAGCUCGGAGAGGAAAAGCUGAUGAAGUCAAUAAUAAUAAAACAAAAAAAACGCCUUAUUGUGUUGUUUGCUUUUUGUAAUCCAUCUUGUAAGUGUUUUUUUAAUGAACCAUCCACUUAAUUAUAUAUAUAUUUAUAUAUAUAGGAAGCUCUUAAGUUGGUUAAAUUUUGGCCACAUCAUCUAUAUUUUGUUUGUUUUAUUUUAAAUUAAUUUAUUAAAAAGUUCUUUUUUUUUACGUUUAUUUGUUUCACUUUCAUAUUGUUUAGAUUUUAUCAUGGCCGAGUAUUUUCGUUCACGUUCAAUAUUAGGAUGUUGCUAUAAUUUAAAGUAUGUUAUGGGGCAACGAGCUUUACUAUUGUUGAUCUCCAUUAAGAAAGAUACAAACAAAAACAGAGACUUAAGGUCGCCUGCUUAAACCUUCACCUAUAUAUGUAUAUAUCUAAUCUUAUUUUUUUUUCUGUUGUUUUUUUAUGGACAAUUGUGUAUGGCCUCAUUUGUGUACGAGUUUUAAUUUUCGUUUAUUUUGUUCUUGUUUCAUUUAUUAUUUCUUUCUGUUCAAGCUAUUCUUUAAUUAUAGAAAAAAAAAUAUAGAAAUCUUCUGCAAUGUUUUCAUUGAAUCCCAAGUCUUAUGUAACGUGCAGGUACAUAAACCUGUGUUUAUAUUUUCAUAUAUACGAGGAAAACAAAGGUGAUAUAUAAUAAUUCGUGUUUAAUAUUGUUUCCACAUUGUACUAAGGUUUCAUUGAAUUCAAGUGAAUCGUAAUUUAUAUAAUUAAAAAAGAAACAAACAAAAUAAAUUCAAUUUGAAUUUGCACUUUCGUCGUUUAAAUCAAUCGGUAUUACCAUGUAUAGCAAUCCUGGGUGUUGCGUUUGUUAGGAAAUUCCAGUGGUCAAUUGCUCAUCAUGAUGAGUCAACAUACUUAUUGAAUAAUUUUCUGCCACAAAUCAGCGUAACAAAGGAUAUGACAUACAAAGUUUGUAUCAUUGGAUACCAUUUAGUGACGUGGAUUUAUUGCUUUCAUUCUAAGUUGAAUAUUAAUAUGAGUAACGUUUAAAUGUAGCCAAAAUGUAUAUACUUCAACUAUUUAACUGUUAACACUUUAUAAAAGUAUUUGACCGGCAGAAUUAUAUCUAUUUGUACUACAUAAUAAAUGCUCUUUGAAAUCACGUGUA